AUGGCAUCGACCUCACCGCCCUUCCACCGCCGCCGGAAGAGCUGGGCACGCAAGAUUGAGCGGUGUUGCUGCUCGACAUUUGCGUACAUUCCACUCACCUUCGUAUACGGAUUGACGACUUGGGCUGUCUGGGUCGCCACGAGGGUUGCACUUCUAGGGGAGAGAGGCCCCGACUCCUACCUCCGCGCGGCGCUCAUUAUUGCACUGUACUCGCUGGCCAUCAUUUCAUACACAACUGCCGUCUUUACAUCUCCAGGCUCACCCGUGGACCCCAAAGUUGAUGCGGCGCGACGGAGGAACGGUGGAGGAUAUGAGGGUCUGCCAACUUUCGAAGAUCACAGCGAUAUCGAUGGGCAGGACGACGGCGGACGGCCGGCGUGGAUGACCAUGACGACGGUGACGGCCAAGAGCACAGGGARGCCGCGUUUCUGCAAGAAAUGUCGUUGUGUGAAGCCCGACCGCUCGCACCAUUGUUCAUCUUGCGGGAGAUGUGUGCUGAAGAUGGAUCAUCAUUGCCCUUGGCUGGCGACAUGCGUUGGACUGCGCAACUACAAGCCAUUCAUGCUCUUCUUGACGUACACGAGUCUGUUCUGCUGGUGGUCUUUCACCAUCUCAUCUCUGUGGGUGUGGACGGCUAUUACGGAUGCUGAGCAGAUGGAUCAGAGUAUGCUGGYAGUCAAUACUAUCUUGUUGUCUGUACUAUCGGGCAUUAUUGGACUGGUCCUGUCAGGCUUUACCGGAUGGCACAUCUAUCUCAUGCUCAGCGGGCAGACAACGAUCGAGAGCCUGGAAAAAACUCGAUAUCUAACUCCUAUGCGUAAGAGCAUGGAGCGCCAACUUCAGCAUCGUCGCAACUACAUUGGCCAAGAUGGUACCGUAGACAGCAAUCUCAGCCCGGAAGACCAGCCUUUUGGUGAAAGACUCAUGGAAAUCCAUGCCAACGCCCUCCCUGGGGUCCUCCGUCCCGAGGAAGGCGAUGUGUCCCUCCGAUCUUCUCGUGCGACUACGCCACUUGCGAAUGGAGAUCCCUCUCCUGCACGUGAAAGCCUCCACCGCUCCUAUGCCGAGCUCGAGGCUCAGAGGGAACGGGAAAGAUACAACACCUACCUUGAUGAGAAAGAUUCAGAGACGUUGCCCAACGCUUUUGAUAAUGGCUGGAAACGUAAUGUUCUACACGUUCUGGGUAGCAAGCCUCUUUUAUGGUUUCUCCCGGUCUGCAAUACGAGCGGGGAUGGCUGGGCUUGGGAUGUUAGUCCCAAAUGGACAGAGGCACGCGCUCGUCUAGAGAGAGAACGUGAGCAGCGUGCAAGAGAAGAAGCAUCCUGGAGUCAGCAGGAAAACCGUCGACCAGCGCCGCCUCCGCCUAGGGAUCUGAGAUGGACGCCUGGCGCAGGAUUUGUAGAUCAUUCGGUAAAACAGCCAGUGAACAACGAGUCAAGUAUGCAGAUGCAGCCCUUGGAUCGAAGGAAGGGACCUGCUGGAGAUGUCGAUGGGGAGGGCUAUGAGACUUCCAGCGACGAGGAGCGUAUGUCUAGAAAGACGGCCGCCACGUCUAAUUGGAAUGAUAUACCCGAUGCAUUCCUCGACUCUGGACGCGGCCGCAAGAAGGGGGACUAG